AUGGCGUCUCGCCUUGCCUCCUCUUCAUCCUCUCCUCCUCGCCGAAUCAUCCUCCCUACUCUCCCCGUCAUCUUCCCUCGCUCCUCAUCCUCCACACCAAAUCCCGAGAUCAAGAUGAUCUCAGAGGACGCAGCAAACACCGAGCUCGACGGCGGGCAGAACCGCGUCGAAGACACUCCUGCCGCUCAAGGCUCAAUCUCUCUACCAGCAUCUUUGAAAGAUGCAAACUCCCACGGCGCGGUUGACGAAGCCCAGCAACCAACCCAGGCACCGAUCGAGCCAAGUGCCGAAGACGAUGUGUUUGGUGCUCCCAGCCCUGUUACAAACAGCAGCGUCCCUGUCAACACUGUCGCUCAUCGAAUCAUCAACAAUCUGCGUGCUCCUGCUGGGUACAACGGUUUCGUGCCGCGACCAGAUCGUGUGAAUCAGGUUCCGACCGCCGCAAAUGCGCAAGGUCUCUACCCACCAACCGCACUCAUCUUCGUGGCAAAUCUUUCCAAGUAUCGAUCUGAGGACCAACUUGAGAUUGCCUGCCAUCAGACCUUUGACACGUACGGCCCGAAUCACAUCAAGAUCCGCCGUGACAGAAACCAGCACCCGUUUGCGUUCAUCCAGUUCCAGAGAGAUGAAGAUGCCACUGCGGCUGUUGCCGGAGCAUAUGGACUCAUCAUAGAUGGCAGAAAGAUUCGUAUCGAACAAGCCAAGGCAGAGCGCUCUGUGAUUCUCAGCAAGACUGAUGGCACCAUGGUCAGUGAGGCAGAAACUCGUGGGAUCCUCGAACGCUACGGACCUCUAGAGCUCGUCGCCCCGACCAACAUGGCAAACCGACGCCACGGUGGCUCAGGAUAUGGCAUGUAUGUCAAGUUUGCGUACUACCUCGACUGUCGUGAUGCUCUCAAGCUCUUCCAAAACCACACCUCUGGUCUCCAACUGUACAUGGCUCCUUCUCUUGAACCACGCUUCCGCAUCGGCCCAGACGGCGCCGCCGUGGUUGGUGGCUUCUCCAAUCCUCGGUCAAUCAUUGACCAGAAGUCCAUCUACGUUGGAAACCUGCCAGAGGGGACAACCCGGGCUCACCUUGAGGAGCUCUUUGGCGAGUUUGGUGCCAUUGUCCAAAUCAACGUCAUCAAGAAGACUUAUGAGAACGAUGCGGUGAACAUCUUUGCAUUCAUCGAAUUUGCCACUGCCCAUGAGGCCGACCGCGCUGCCAGUUCUGAACGUUACCUGCAUGGCCUCAAGCUCCGUGUGGAACAAAAGGAGUACUCUGCACGUCGCCCAUCUGGUCGUCUCAUGGCUCCAAACACACGAAUUCAGCAGCAGAAUACCGGUCCCAGACACAGAUACGGUAACCCCAACCGCAGCUAUCCUUUCCAGCAAAAUAACUUGAACUACAAUGUUGGUGGCACUCCAGAAUUCUACAACCGCGCCCAUGGUCAAGCCGGCGGUGCUCACUGCAUGCCAGCCCACCAGAUCACUCCACCCUCAACCGUCCAGUACAACCAUCAGGGAAUCCCCCAACCCAUGUAUGGAACUCCGCAGCAGCAAACAUCUGCGUACGGUUUUGGCACCAUGACUCCUCCAAGCCACUCUAACAUUACCUACGGCAACAUGAGCCACAUGCUCCCAGCUGGUAUCUUCUCCCCAACUCCAACUCACAUUGAUCAGAAUCAACACCACAAUGGCUUCAUGGGUCCUGCCAAUCCUCCUCCUCCACAUCUCUACCAAUCUCCCAGCGUCUACCUUGGACAUUCCAUCUCUACCAUUCCAGAGACCUAUGAAGAGGGACAGUACUAG